AUGAAUGUUAGUAGGUGUCUCCUCGACAAGGUGACAAUGUUGUCUAGUCUCUUAGGCAGCAGAAAGGGAAAACAGAUCGAAGGGAGUGUGGUGUUAGUGAAGAAGAAAAACUCCUUCGACUUUACUGACGUUGGAGUGUCUUUAUUGGAUCGUGCCAGUGAGUGCUUAGGCCGAGGCGUAUCUAUCCACUUCGUCAGUGCUUCUAAAUUUGACCGAGAAAGGGGAGCUAAAGGGAAAAUUGGGAAGCCAGCAUAUCUGGAAAACUGGAUUACUAAAGCCCCAAAUCUGACGGCUGAAAAAUUUGAAUUCAAAGUACACUUUGAGUGGGAAGAAGAAGUAGGGAUUCCAGGAGCAAUUCUGGUUAAGAAUAAGCAUCCCAACGAGUUCUUUCUUAUAAGUUUGACACUAAAGAAUGUUCCACUCGUCGGUGAAAGUGAAAUCCACUUUCCUUGCAAUUCUUGGGUUUACCCUACAAAUAGAUACGAAGACGGUCGCAUAUUCUUCAGCAACAAGACAUAUCUUCCUGGUAAAACACCAGAUCCGCUCCGAAGAUAUAGAGAUGAAGAAUUAUCCAAAUUGAGAGGGGAUGGAAUUGGAAAUAGGCAACUUGAAGAACGUGACAGGGUCUAUGAUUAUGCUACUUAUAAUGACUUGAACUGUCCAAAAAAGUAUAAACGUCCGAUUCUUGGAGGGACCGUUGGAGGGGAAACUAAAUAUCCUUACCCUCGCCGAGGACGAACUGGAAGGUCGUCAGUACAGAAAGAUUAUGAAAGCAGAGUGACAUUUUUGGGCGCAAAUUACGUUCCAAGAGACGAAGAAUUUUCUCCAUUGAAGAAUGCAGACUUUGUCACUUUUGGAUUCAAAUCUGUCACUAAGGUUUUCAAACCUGCUUUGAAAGCUCGUCUUGCUGAAGAGUUUGAUAACUUUGAGGAGGUUCUUAAUCUCUACGAAGGUGGAUUUAAGUUGCCAAAGGCUUUACUUUUGGCCGUAAGUAGCGUUCUUCCACUCCAAAAAUUAAAGGAAGUCUUCCGAAUUGAUGGAGAUGAAUUGCUCAGAUUUCAAAAGCCUCAGGUGAUUAGAGAUAAUAAAAAUGCAUGGAUGAAAGAUGAAGAAUUCACAAGAGAGAUGCUUGCUGGAGUGAAUCCUGUCAAAAUUUGCUGUCUCCAAGACUGGCCUAUUAAAAGCAAGGUAGAUGGUACCAUCUGCAAAAUCAAUGAAGAUGAUCUCCAGAAAAAUCUAGAAGGGCUACCUGUAAAGCAGGCAAUAAAGGACAAGAAAUUAUUUGUACUGGAUUACUAUGACGAUUUCAUUUCAUAUUUGCGGCAUAUAAACACAACAGCUUGUGAUGAUAUCAGUUCAAAAGUUCACCCUAGAGCAUAUGCCACUAGGACAAUUCUUUUCUUGCAAAAUGAUGGGACUUUAAAACCUCUAGCGAUUGAGCUAAGUUUGCCUCAAGAGGGUGAUCGUGAUGGGACUCCUCAAGUCUACUUGCCUGCUGAACAAGGCGUGGAGAAAUGGGUUUGGAUGUUGGCUAAAACCUAUGUUGUGACGAACGACUCGAAUUAUCAUCAACUAAUCAGCCAUUGGUUACACACUCAUGCUGUCGUUGAGCCUUUCGUUAUCGCAACAAAUCGACAACUUAGUGUGAUUCAUCCUGUUUACAAACUUCUAGCUCCACACUUCACAGAUACUAUGAAGAUAAAUGCUCUUGCUAGACAAUUUCUCGUCAAUGCAAAUGGCAUUAUAGAGUCAACAUUUUUGCCAGGAAGAUAUUCUAUGGAGCUUUCAUCUAAGGUUUACAAGAAUUGGGUUUUUACAGAUCAAGCACUGCCAGUUGACAUUGUUAAGAGGGGAAUGGCAACUGAGGAUUCAACUUCUCCUCACGGCCUUAAUCUUGUCAUUAAGGAUUACCCUUAUGCUGUUGAUGGACUAGAUGUAUGGUUUGCGAUCAAGACUUGGGUCCAAGAUUACUGCCGCAUUUAUUACGAGUCAGAUGAAACUGUUCAACAAGACAGUGAACUUCAAUCAUGGUGGAAGGAACUCGUUCAGGUUGGUCAUGGUGAUAAGAAAGAUGAUCAAAGGUGGCCCAAAAUGAAAACUCAUAAAGACUUGAUAGAAUCCUGCACAAUUCUGAUAUGGAUUACUUCAGGCCUUCAUGCAGCUGUUAAUUUUGGACAAUACCCAUAUGGGGGCUAUAUCCUAAAUCGUCCAACUAUCACUAGACGUUACAUGCCUCAAAAGGGUACUCCUGAAUAUAAGGAGCUUGAGAAUGACCCAGAGAAAGUUUUCUUGAGAACCAUUAAUUCCAAGGACCAAGCAAUCAAUGUGAUUGCAGUGUUAGCUAUCUUGUCCAGGCAUUCUUUUACUGAGGCAUACCUUGGACAAGCUGACAACUUAUCUGAUUGGAUAUCAGAUAAAGAGGCAAUAGAGGCAUUUGAGAGGUUCAGAGAAAGAAUAAGAAAAAUUGAGGAAAGAAUUGAAAGAGACAACAAUGAUGUGAAACUCAAAAAUCGAUAUGGUCCUAUUAAUAUGCCUUACACGUUGCUCUAUCCUAAUAGUGAAUCGGGGCUCACUGGCAAGGGUAUCCCAAAUAUAUGGGCAUGGAACCAGAGGCAACACGUGAACGUGAGGAAUGGGCUAGAGGCCUUGUCAAUAUGGGACUUCAAAACUAGUGUGGAGGCAACAAUGUUGUCUGGUUUCUUAGGCAGCAAAAGAGGCAAACAGAUCGAAGGGACCGUGGUGUUAGUGAAGAAGAAAAACUCCUUCGACUUCACUGACAUUGGCGUGUCUCUGUCGGAUCGUGCAAGUGAGUGUUUGCGUUUAGGCCGAGGCGUGUCUAUCCAGUUCAUCAGUGCUUCUAAAUUCGACCGAGAAAGGGGAGCCAAAGGGAAACUUGGAAAGCCUGCAUAUCUGGAAAAGUGGAUUACUAAAUCCCCAGAUCUGACAGCUGAAAAAUUUGAAUUCAAAGUACACUUUGAGUGGGAAGAAGAAGUAGGGAUUCCAGGAGCAAUUCUGGUUAAGAAUAAGCAUCCUAACGAGUUCUUUCUCAUAAGUUUGACACUAAAGAAUGUUCCGCUCGUCGGCGAAAGUGAAAUCCACUUCCCUUGCAAUUCUUGGGUUUACCCUUCAAAUAGAAACGAAGAGGGUCGCAUUUUCUUUAGCAACAAGACAUAUCUUCCUGAUAAAACACCAGAUCCACUUCGCAGAUAUAGAGAGGAAGAAUUAUCCAAAUUGAGAGGGGAUGGAAUUGGAAAUAGGCACCUUGAAGAACGUGAUAGGAUCUAUGAUUAUGCUGUUUAUAAUGACUUGAACAAUCCGAAAAAGUAUGACCGUCCGAUUCUCGGAGGAACUGUUGGAGGGGAAAUUAAAUAUCCUUACCCUCGUAGAGGACGAACGGGAAGGUCGUUAGUAAAGUCAGAUCCAGAAUACGAGAGCAGAGUGAAGCUUUGGGCCCCAGUUUACGUUCCAAGAGACGAAGAAUUUUCUCCACUGAAGAAUGCGGACUUCGUUACUUUUGGAUUCAAAUCUGUGACUAAGGUUGUUAGACCUGCUUUGAAAUCUCGUCUUUCUGAAGAGUUUGAUAGCUUUGAUGAAGUUCUUGAUCUCUACGAAGGUGGAUUUAAGUUGCCAACGACUUUACUUAAGGCCGUAAGUCACUUUAUUCCACUCCAAAAAUUAAAGGAAGUUUUCCGAAUUGAUGGAGAAGAAUUGCUCAGAUUUCAAAAGCCACAAGUGAUUAGAGAUAACAAAAAUGCAUGGAUGAAAGAUGAAGAAUUCGCAAGAGAAAUGCUUGCUGGAGUAAACCCCGUCAAAAUUUGCUGUCUCCAAGAUUGGCCUGUUAAAAGCAAGGUAGAUGGUACUAUCUGCAAAAUAAGUGAAGAUGAUCUCGAGAAAAACCUAGAAGGGCGAUCUGUACAACAGGCAAUAGAAGACAAGAAAUUGUUUAUACUGGAUUAUUAUGACGAUUUCAUUCCAUACUUACGACUAAUAAACACAACUGCUGCUGAGGAUAUUAGUUCUAAAGUUCACCCUAGAGCGUAUGCUACGAGGACAAUUCUGCUCUUGAAAAAUGAUGAAACUUUAAAACCACUAGCAAUUGAAUUAAGUUUGCCUCGAGAUGGUGAUUGUGAUGGGACUCCUCAAGUCUACUUGCCAGCUGAACAAGGCGUUGAGAAAUGGAUUUGGAUGUUGGCUAAAACCUACGUUGCGGUGAACGACUCCAAUUAUCACCAACUAAUUAGCCAUUGGUUACUCACUCACGCUGUCGUUGAGCCUUUCGUCAUUGCAACAAAUCGACAGCUUAGUGUGAUUCAUCCUAUUUUCAGACUUCUAGAUCCACACUUUAGUGACACUAUGAAGAUAAAUGCACUUGCUCGACAAUCUCUCGUUAAUGCAAAUGGCAUUAUAGAGUCAACAUUUUUGCCAGGAAAAUAUUCUAUGGAGCUCUCAUCUAAUGUUUAUAAGAAUUGGGUUUUUACAGAUCAAGCACUGCCAGCUGAUCUUCUGAAGAGGGGAAUGGCAACUGAGGAUUCAACUUCUCCUCACGGCCUUAAUCUUGCAAUUAAGGAUUACCCUUAUGCUGUUGAUGGACUAGAUGUCUGGUUUGCGAUCAAGACUUGGGUCCAAGAUUACUGCUGCUUUUUCUAUGAGUCAGAUGAAGCUGUUCAACAAGAUAAUGAACUUCAAUCAUGGUGGAAAGAACUCGUUCAGGUUGGUCAUGGUGACAAGAAAGAUGAUCAAGGGUGGCCCCAGAUGAAAAAUUGUGAAGAAUUGAUAGAAUCCUGCACGAUUUUGAUAUGGAUUACUUCAGGCCUCCAUGCAGCUGUUAAUUUUGGGCAAUACCCAUAUGGGGGCUAUAUCCUUAACCGUCCUACUAUCACUAGACGUUACAUGCCUCGAAAGGGUACCCCAGAAUAUGAAGAGCUUAAGAGUAAUCCAGAGAAAGCUUUAUUGAAAACCAUUAAUUCCAAGGACCAGGCAAUCAAUGUCACAGCAGUGUUAGCUAUUUUGUCCAGGCAUUCUUUUACCGAGGCAUACCUUGGACAAGCUGACAUAUAUUGGAUAUCAGAUAAAGAGCCCUUAGAGGCAUUUGAGAGAUUCAAAGAAAGUAUAAGAAAAAUUGAGGAAAGAAUUGAAACAGACAACAAUGAUGUGAGACUUAAAAAUCGACAUGGUCCUGUUAAUAUGCCCUACACGUUGCUUUAUCCUAGUAGUGAACCUGGGCUGACUGGGAAGGGUAUCCCAAAUAGUAUCUCUAUAUGAGGGGUGACGUCAUGAAUGUGCUUUAUUUUAUCCUUUUACUCCUGCUGCUGAAAGUUGGCUUGUGAAC